AAUUUGACUUUUAAUCUCAAAAAGGUCAUAUACUACCACACCUCUUCCUCUAUCUCCUGCCCUUUUUCGCACAAAAUUCCCACACAAUAAAACCCAAUUUUUUUAUUUUUUAUUUUUAUACACAAAUAAAAUUUCUGGGGGUUGCUUCCGUUGGAUCUUCCUGAAACCCGGAGAUCAGAUCACACCGGCAGAAAAGAGGAGAGAGAAAACAAGCAAAAGAUUAGAACGAAAGAAGAAGAAUUUUAACUGUAAAUGGUUGUGCCCCCAUUUUAUAACUCUUCACUAUUUCUUCCCUACCCAACUGUUUUUUUCUCUCUCCUUUUUUCACACUAUUAGCAUUGUUAAACCCAAAUUCCUGAUUCAAAGGAAGAGGAGAGAUUACCACUCUUUGAUCUGCUCAUUCUUUGUGGAAAUCCGCGGUUUUUUUUAGGGAUUAGUAACGAGUUUGAAUCUUUGAGAUGCCCACUUAAAAAGGUAUUAGAGUUGUGUUUAGUACUAGGAGGGAGAUUUGAUUUGUAUCGGGAAUGAGACAUUGUCAAUAGGAUUUUGAUGGAAAUUUUGACUGAAUCUUGUGUAACGGCUGGUAUUCAAGACCUGGGAUCGAAUCGAAUUUCGUAUACAUCAUUGCCCUUUUGCAGCUCCCUGGUCACCCGAAAAUGAACUAUCUUGUGUGAAGGUUAGACAGAUUUUGGGUUAUUGGAGAAAUUGGGAAAUGGAAAUCAGCUUUGUAUAGUUGUCUUACUGCCCUGACUGCUCUCUAGAGAUUUAUCUCCUAUGAAAUAAUGUUAAUGAUGUGCUGAAACAAUUUAGCUACUAAUGUCUACUGCUUAGGGAUAAGAACGCGUACGCCUCACCUCCUCAACAUAUCCAGAUGUAGCAAGGUGGUUAGUAGGGGUUUAUUUGGAACUGAAAAGAGUCUUUGACAUGUUCUACGAUUGCUAAGGAUUUUUGAAUGUUAGUGUCUGGUCUGGAAAAGUGGCCCAUUGUAUACCCAAACAUACCGUUUUCUGGGAGCAGCACGUAAUAUAUAUGUUGCCAGGAGACAGAUGAGUGUGCUCCCAUAUUUUUAGAAAACCAUGGUCUUUAGCAAAAUCUCAGAAAUCAUCUCAUCUGCAACAAAUCGUCCAUCCAUGCGGCAUUCCUCAUCCAUCCCAUACAUCCAAGCUGGAUUAUCACCUCCAAAAGGUUCUGGCCAUGGUUUUAGUUUUAGCAGCCCUGGGCAUAUGAACAACAUGAGGCUGUCUUCAUCAUUACAAGAUUUUUCUCAAUAUCGUCGAUUAGAUCCUGAAAACGGUGAUCAAAAUGGUGGGAUUGAUGUCAUCAAUGCAAAGCCUCCUCAUUCAUCCCGUAAAGAUAUUUCCAGCCCUAGUUUCUCGAAGGAUAAAGUGCCUCAAAGCAAUCCAUUUACACGUAAGAAAUGGGUUAGAAUAUUGAUGAUCCUUCUUUGCCUGCUUUUCUUUGGUUUUCUUUUAUUUAUACUUGGUCAAUUUCUUUAUACUUUUUGGUCUGGUGGAACUUCCAAGUUUUACGUUGUGCUUGAUUGUGGGAGUACUGGGACUCGGGUAUACAUAUAUGAGGCGUCUGUCGCUCACAAGAAAAGUGGUAAUCUUCCCAUUGUUUUGACAUCAUAUUCUGGGGGAGUUAAGAAGCCAAAGGGACAAAGUGGACGGGCUUAUAACCGUAUGGAGACUGAGCCUGGGCUUGAUAAAUUGGUACGUAACUCGAGUGGUUUGAAGACUGCGAUAAAGCCACUUCUCCGGUGGGCUGAGAAGCAGAUCCCAAAGAAUUCACAUAAGACUACUUCUCUUUUCCUCUAUGCUACUGCUGGUGUUCGUAGGUUGCCAAAACCUGACUCUGAUUGGCUUCUUAAUCAUGCUUGGUCUGUUCUAAAAAGUUCCCCGUUUUUGUCUCAAAGGGAAUGGAUUAAGAUUAUCAGUGGUAUGGAGGAAGCUUAUUAUGGCUGGAUAGCUCUGAAUUAUGAAACAGGUGUCUUAGGGUCCAUACCAAAGACAGAUACUUUUGGUGCCCUUGACUUAGGUGGUUCAUCACUGCAAGUAACCUUUGAAAGUAAGGAACCUGUUCUGAACAAAACUAACUUAAACCUGAGCAUUGGACCAGUGAACCAUCAUCUCAGUGCCUAUUCUCUUAAUGGGUAUGGAUUAAAUGAUGCCUUUGACAAAUCUGUUGUUCAUCUUCUCAAAGGGAUGCCAAAAGUGAGUAUGGAAGACUUAGUUCAUGGAAAUGUUGAGAUUAAGCAUCCAUGCUUACACUCUGGAUAUAAAAGUGAAUAUUUCUGCUCACUAUGUGCUUCCCUGAACCAAGAUGCUGGGAGUCCUCGUUAUAGAGAGAAAGACCUUGGCAAAAGGGGCAAACCUGGAGUCCCUGUUCAGCUUGUUGGCUCUCCAAAUUGGGCAGAGUGCAGUGCAGUUGCAAAGGUUGCUGUCAAUUUGUCAGAAUGGUCUGAUCUUAGCCCUGGAAUUGAUUGUGAAGUGCAACCAUGCGCUCUUUCUGAAGAACUUCCCCAUCCUAGCGGUCAUUUUUAUGCAAUGUCUGGUUUCUUUGUUGUCUAUCGGUUUUUUAACUUGAGUUCAGAAGCAAACCUUAAUGAUGUAUUAGAGAAGGGACAUCAGUUUUGUGGUAAAACUUGGGAAGUUGCAUAUAAAAGUGUUCCUCCACAGCCCUUUAUCGAACAGUAUUGCUUUAGGGCACCCUACAUAGUUUCAUUAUUGAGGGAAGGCUUGCACAUAACUGAUGGUCAGGUCAUGAUUGGCUCUGGUGGUAUCACUUGGACACAAGGAGUUGCUCUUGUUGAAGCUGGCAAGGCAUUUGCAACAAGAACAGAGCUUCAUACACUUCAGCUAUUUGAAAUGAAGAUAGAUCCUGUUGUGAUUUUUGCUGUUCUGUUGAUAUCAUCAUUUUUGUUGGUUUGCGCAUUGUCAUGUGCUGGUAAUUGCCUGCCUAGAUUUUUCCGCAGAACACAACUUCCUAUUUUCAGGCAUAAUAGUGCGCCAGCAUCAGUUCUCAAUAUUUCUUCACCUUUCCGGUUCCAGCGUUCAGGGGAUGCAAGAGUAAAAAUGCCACUGAGUCCAACUGCUGUUGGUGAUCAAGAAAGGUCACUUGGUAUUGGACAUUGGGUUGGCGGAAGCAACAUUCAGCUCACUGAUUCUUCUCUAUAUUCAGCAGUCAGUGGAGUUUCACAUAGUCCCUCAUCAGGUAGCUUAGGGCAAAUGCAAUUUGACAACAAUGGCAUGGGUGCCAUGUGGAGUCCUCAUAGAAAUCAGAUGCGUCUCCAAAGUAGGCGGUCAGCAUCCAGAGAGGAUCUGAUGUCUUCUGUGGCUGAUGGGGUGGUGAAGGUUUAGAUCUCCAAAAAUCCUGAAAUGUCUCUGACUGGGAUGUUAGCCUGCUAACGAACUAUUCAUGGCUGGAACACUGGAAAUCGCCAUUGCAUUUAUUCGAAGAGGAAAGUUCUCAUUAUUAGAGAGGCACGUGCCUAAGCUACUCAAACUCCUAGAAUGAGUAUUUGGAGAGCAUCGAGUAUCAUUCCUCUGAACCAGCAAAGCCCCAACCUGUAAAUUACACAUUUUACCCGAGGCGGCAGCGCUUACAGAAGCUGAAAAUGAGUUGAGAUGGCCUUGCUAACACCAAUUUCCCUGAAUGUGCUAUAAUGUUAUUUACUGUAAUCAUAUAGGUGACCCUGCUGGUCACCAAUUGAAUUUUGUUUAGCAGAUAAUUGAUAUUGAAGAACUGAUUGCCCAGAUGAUUCUUUCUGGUAAUCAGAUGGGAGUAAAUAUAACACCGAUAUACUUUAUAUGGAAAAAUGUCUGAUAUGCUGGUAGUUCUGCAUCAUGGAAGAUGCAUAA